GUACUUCCGGGUUAUGGGGGUGACCCCAGCGGUACAGGGCCGUACGUACGUACAGGUGUAUCCAGGUGACGUUAUGAGUUACUAGGAUCCUCCUAGUGCUUACGUGCAGUUCUACACACGCACACUGAUUUAGAUUUUAGAUAGGAUCGAAAGGCCUGGCAGUACUGACUGUGUGUUGGAGAACUAACUCUACGAAAGACAACCAUGGGUAAUUUAGUUGGCCAUGCUGCACCAGGCAGCUUUUUCUUGCUCUUCGCUAUUUGGUGGACCAUCAGAUAUUCUGUCAUGUGGGCCAGUCGGAUGGGAGGCCGGAAGACCAGCUCUGCUGUCUGCUGUAAGAACGCCCCGCUGGUGUGUCGCUUCCUGAGCAGGGUUCCUGUGGAAGGACUGUGCAAGAUCAUAUUCGCAUUAGCAGGGUUGUUGUGUGAACAGAUAGCCGCCCACUGGACACUCAUUGACCCAGUCACCGGUCAGUUCCACAUGCUGGGAAACUGGCAGCACACCACCAUGUACCUUUUCUUUGCCCUCAACGGCUUCUGUGACGUCCUCAUUGCCCUGAAGGCACCCGUACCCAGCGGGAUAGACCACCUCUCCAUGUCCCUGGCAUUUGCGGUGGAAGGGGUGCUGUUCUUCUACCACCUGCAUGGCCGCGCUGACCUGGACGUCCGUCUGCACAAGCUGCUGCUGCUGGCCGUGGCGCCGUGUGUGACGGUCAGCGGUCUGGAGACCUGGAGGCCCGACACCUUACUCCUGCCCAUGGUCAGGACGGCAUUCACACUGGUACAAGGGACCUGGUUCUGGCAGGUUGGGUGGAUUUUGUAUCCUCCCUUUCCUGGCCAUGAGUGGGACCUGGAGAGUCAUGAAAACAUGAUGUUUGUCUCCAUGGCUUUCUGUUGGCACAUACUGGGCAUCCUGCUCUUCAUGUGUGUUGUCUACACAGUGGUUUAUCACAUCUACCAAGCCAAGGAGAAGCAGAGAGGUACCGAGCUGGAGCUGGGACCGCUGUCUUCUCACAUGUUACAGACACACUCCGACUCAGAACUGGACUGAUGAAAGUCUUUUCAAUCCGUCAACAUCAGAUGAGCAAUAUCAAAAAUUCUGUCUGAUGCAAGGAUCCCAAAGUGUUAAAACUAUACAUGUAUUUGCUAGAAGUGCUUCAUGCAUUCCGUGCAGCUGUUGUUUCAUAGAUCUAUGUGUGCAUUUCGCCCCAUGGGCAUGAACAUACAAUGAAGAUUCAUAACCAUAAUUAACACUAACAGAAUCUGAUAUUGAUGCUUUUCAACUUUUUAUCACUUACAACUGAAAACAUGGAAGACAUACUCUUUUUUAUUUGACUUAUGUAUGUACAAAGGUCUGAGUGUGUUAUA